UAAAUAAAUAAAUAAAUAAAUAAAACAUUGAAAAGGGCAGACACUAGGAUGGAGAACCUUGGUCGCUGCCCGGCGCCCCCUGUACCCCCUGUACCCCCCUCCCUCUCUUUCUGCGCUUUUGCCUGAGCUGGUUUUUACUCCCUCAACGCAAUCAAACUCUGCCGGCAGAAGAGACGAUGAAGGCGGGCGAGACUUACUUUCUGCUGGCGAUUCUCUGUGCUUUGGGAACAUGGCUGCAUUUAGCCGCUGCCACCGGACACAACUCCACAAUGGUUAAGCCGGGUCACUGUCCCAGGAAGCUGCAGGUGGCCCCCUCCAAGCGGGCCUGCGUCUGUGAUGAAGACUGUCCUGGGGAUGACAAGUGCUGUGUCUUCGCCUGUGGAUCUGUCUGCGUGCCCCCUGCUUUCACAAAGCCCGGUGUUUGCCCACGGAGACAGCGCGGAGCCGGGAUGUGUGCCGAGUUCUGUUCUGAUGACAGCGACUGCCCCAAGGAUGAGAAGUGCUGCAGCAAUGGCUGUGGACACGAGUGCACAGCGCCAUACACAGUGAAGCCAGGCCGCUGUGCUCGCCCCAAGGGAACCCACAUGUGUGCCGAGUUCUGCUACCACGACGGGGAGUGUCCCGAGGAGCAGAAGUGCUGCCGCACCACCUGCGGCCACGCCUGCAGCGAGCCCUGCUGACCACACCCCACGCAGCAGGCUGCCUUUUAUACUUGACCCUUCGUUUUGUAACUCUCUCUCUCUCUCUCUCUCCUCUCUCUCUCUCUCUCUCAUGUUGUGCAGUGUGUCCGUAUCAGGUUUUUAAACCAAUAAAACGGCCUGGUUAGCCUUACAUUUUCAUUCCUUCCUGUCUUCCAUAGAAACAUUCAGAUAAAAGCAUUUGAGUGUUAGUGCUCUCUCUGUGUGAAAAACAAAUCAACUUGGCUCAGUUAAGUGAGCACUCAAGUGUAAAGUGUGAAAUACUGGGCCGAGCUCAGGUUAAGAGUACCCUAAUAGUUUCUCAAGGUUGUGCAGAGCCAGGUAGCAGCUAGAAAGUUAUUCUGAAGACAUCCCUCCCCUCCCUCCCUCCCACAGGAAGAGGCUCCAGAGCCCUUUUUUAAACAUGCCAACAUGUUUUCCUAAACGUCUAGACCCUUUUGCACACAUUCCAGAGAGAGAGAGAGAGAGAGAGAGAGAGAGAGAGAGAGGGAGGCAGGCAGGCUUUGGGACCAAACCGCUCGAGAUGCCAAAAAUCACAUCACCCAAUAGGGCUUUAACAAAUAUGGCAAGUGUGGAUUACAAGUAGGAAAACAGGUCUGUGCUUUGCUUAACCCUUUCGUGCAUGAAAUAUUCAUAUAUUUUUCAUUGACAUUUAUUUCAAUUUUUUCCCCCACUGCUUUAUAUGGGGAGAAAUAUCAUAAUGCAUUUGCGUUUUCUAUGUCCCAAAUGAAGACUAGAAGAGA